AUGAAGGGCAAGGAGGAGAAAGAGAAGGAGGGCGGCGUCGGCGGCGUCGGGGGUCUGCCCGGGGGAGGCGGCGGAGGAGGCGUCGGGCCGGGCCUGGGCCUGGGCCUGGGCGUCGGCGGCGUCGGGGGGGUCCUGGCGGGCGGCAGCCCGGAGAAGAGCCGCAGCGCGCAGGAGUACAAGGAGCAGGGCAACCGGCUCUUCGUCGGCCGCAAGUACCCGGAGGCCGCCGCCUGCUACGGACGGGCCAUCAACCGGAAUCCGUUAGUGGCCGUCUACUACACGAACCGUGCCUUAUGCUACCUGAAGAUGCAGCAGCACGACAAGGCCCUGGCCGACUGCAAGCACGCCCUGGAACUGGACAGCCAGUCGGUGAAGGCCCACUUCUUCCUGGGGCAGUGCCAGAUGGAGAUGGAGAACUACGACGAGGCCAUUGCCAACCUUCAGAGGGCCUAUAACUUGGCCAAGGAGCAACGCUUGAACUUUGGGGACGACAUUCCCAGCGCCCUGCGGAUCGCCAAGAAGAAGCGCUGGAAUAACAUCGAGGAGAAGCGGAUCAACCAAGAAGAUGAGCUGCACUCCUAUCUCACCAAACUCAUCGUGGCCGAGAAGGAGAGGGAGUUAGAAGAAUGUCGGCGGGCGCAGAAAGAGGAGAACGUGGAUGAAAACCGGAGCCGGGCGCAGCUGGGGAACAUCGAAACCAAACACGAAAAGUACCUGGCAGACAUGGACGAGCUCUUCUCCCAAGUGGACGAGAAACGGAAGCGGGUCGGCCACUUUGACCCCGUGACCCGAAGCCCCCUGACCCAAGACCAGCUGAUCCCAAACCUUGCCAUGAAGGAGGUGAUAGACGCAUUCAUAUCAGAAAACGGCUGGGUAGAAGAGUACUGACUGAUCGAGGGUGGAGAGGCCGGGCCCGCCCGCCCCCUCAUGGCAGCCCUGGCCGUGGCAGCAGCGAAGGCACAUCACGGACUGCGCUCCGAGCAAGUCGGGCCGGCAACAUGCCUUACUCACCGUCUGUCCGGCUGUCUGUCUCCUUCCUUUCCCCGCUCUCGGUUACCAGAGCAGCAUCAGCUUUGCUAGAUUAGGGCACCGGAGGGCGAGGAAAGCCCGUGUCGUAGGGGACGUGCCCCGAGAAGCUCGCUGAAGCCCGGAACUCCUUCAGAAGCCGCAUCGGCACCUCAGGAGGACGCUUAGGCACCAAAACUGCGUCCGGCUCUCUGGCGAACACCGGUUUCCUGCUCACGCCCCUUCCUCGUGUCGCCGCGCUGCUGCCGAAGACCCAUCUCCCGCAAGCGGGGAAACCUGCAAACCGGCCGUGCACUUUUUCUCGCCCUUCCGUCCCCGCUUGCUUUGAGCUGUCAUUUCUCGCCUCCUCUCUCUCCCUCUGUACAAAGUUUUUGCAUUUUCCACAUUACAUUUCCUGUCUGUCCAGGAUAGCCGUUGUAAUCUUUGUAAAUAAAUAGUCUCUUGUUUCAGGGCAGGGGACUUUUAGACCUAAUCGUUAUCUCAACAUCGACUGGGAUUCGGGGUUGGGCUGGGUGGACGGUUCGCCCCUCCCGGAGCCGGGGUGGUAGGGGGAAGGUGGGUUCGCCUAACUUCUGGAGCCAUUUCCCCACAAGGCCUCUCAAUGAAAGUUCGUCGUUUUGUGCAACUUAAAACGAAACCCCUCCCCCCUUUAAUAAUGCCAAUAUGUCUUGGAACAUUUUGGGGGAUUGAGAGGAUUUGGGGGGGGGAUUUUAAGAAGGACGUGGCAGGCACCACUGUCUAGCUUCUGUGAGCUAUUUGCAAUGUCAUCCAUGCUGGUAAAUAAAUACGAGUAA